AUGGGGUUUUCAUCAGCCGCUAUUUCGAGCUCACUAUGGGGCUGUUGUAAUAAUGGAAGAAGCCGUCCUCCUCAAAGAGGGUCAAUAAAGAUUUCACCUUUCGACAGCAAUCACAUGCUCAAAUCGAAGAAUCUCAAAAUCUCCGAGGUUUUCAGUAAAGCCCAAUCGACGAGGUCCACUUUCUGCGCUUCAUCGGCCAUUGAUUUUGAGGAGAGGACAAGCCCUGCUGAGGUCAAGAAAGAAAUCGAACAGUGCUAUGAACUCAUUCAAAAUCUUGGCAGAGGGGCUGUCUACUUGGGUUCGUCAAGGUUGGGACCUAACCAUCCACAUUAUGUACAAGCAUUUGAUUUGGCAGAAGAUAUUGCGAAUCUCUUAAAUUGUACUUCAUGGUCAGGGGCGGGACCCGGGCUAAUGGAUGCGGUAACUAAAGGCGCUGUCCAAUCAGGCAAGCCCGUUGGUGGAUUAAAGAUAGCUAAGGAAGCUGGGGAAUGGACUGCAACUAAUUUUCAUCCUUACCUACCAUCAGACAGUUAUUUAACUUGCAGGUUCUUUUCUGCAAGAAAGCAUGGUUUGGUCGAUGCAGCUGUUAGAGUUAGUGAGUCAGACAAGACUGCAGUUAUUGCUCUUCCGGGUGGAAUUGGGACGCUAGACGAGGCUUUUGAAAUUUUGGCACUCAUUCAAUUGAAAAGAAUUGGGUCGACUCUUCCCGUUCCUUUCCUUCUGAUGAAUUACGACUCGUUUUACUCGAAGCUAUUGGAGUUUAUCGAGGAUUGUGAGGGUUGGGGUACUGUCUCGAGCGGUGAGCUGGCAUCGUUGUGGAAAGUGUGCAACACCAACUAUGAAGCUUUGGCCUACCUGGCAGAAUACUAUGGGCUCUCCUACUAA